UCACUCACAUGAUGAGUAAUAUAAACAUAUACUACUAGUACUACCUAUCAUAGCUUAAUACUAAUAUCAUUAUCAUACCCCCACAUGGGUCUAGAUCACAAACAACAAACCACCAUGAUGACGUGGCAUCCCCGCCGCAAGGUGUCCUUAUUAAGGCGGCGGAAGGUUCAAACGGUGAGGCUAGGUGGCAAGAAGCCACGGCGGCGAUUGAUUGGUGGGAUAGUUAGAAUGUUUAGAAGGAUGCGUGUGAAGUGGAUUAAGUUGCAAUAUCUUAGGUUGUUGAAACGGCUUAAGGAACAUUAUAGGAACCUUGUUAAGGAUCUUAUUGAAGCUGGUGCUACCAUUGAAACUUUUCAACAACGGAUUUUUAUGGAAAGCACUUUUGCUAUUCCUCUUGGUGUUAACUUAUCUACUUAUCCUUCUCGUUUUGGAUCAGAUAACCCUCGAAGCAUCUUCAUGUAAAUUAAUAAGGUUUUUUUUUUUUUUUUUUUCAUUUUAUUUCUUUCUAUAUAUAUACAUAUAUUAUGUCUCUAUAAGAAGAAAAAGGAAAAUCAAGUUCCUUAGUUUCUUUUUUUGUUUUACAAUCUGUGUGGAAUAUUUUUCCUCCUCUUAAUUGUCUUUAUUAAUUUUUUUCCCUUGUGAUUUUAUUUUUGAUGAGAUUGUGAGGGAGUUAUUUUAAGGGGAUGAAAAACUAUGAAUUCUCUUGUUUAUUUGUACUAUUCUUUUUUACCUCUUUUUCCUUUAAUUUUUAUGCCAUAUUAUUACUGGCAUCUAAUAUUUUCCCUUCAUUUGUUACCUCU